AUGUUGAAUUAUAGCAUAAAAAUAAUCGGAAGUCUAUUAGUACCCCUUAUUCUUGCCAUUUUUACUGUUGUUAUUACAUUCGAGCAACGAAAUGAAACAAGUAUUCAACGUCGUGAAGAUCGAUACCGGGCCAAUUUGCAACGCGAACAUGAUUUGAACAUAUCUGCUGAACAGCGUGAACUCGACAAAUGGAUUGCUCAAGAGCAACGUAAAAACGACAAGCUAUUGGCUGAUGAGAAACGAAUGGCCGAUGAUAUCAAUGCUGAUAGACAACGAAAUAUGUCUCGAGAUCAACAUCUACAUGACCUUGACAUUGAACAACAACGAUAUGAACAAGAACGAGAAAAAUAUCUCGAUGCUCUUUUACUCUCUUACUACAAUGAAAUCGGAAUUCUACUCGAAAAGAGUAAUGGUUCGUUGACAAUGAAACCAACUAUAGCUGCAGUUGCUCGUGCUAGAUCGUUGAAUGUUAUUCGACAAGUUGGCCCGCGACGUUCUCUACAACUCCUGAAAUUCCUCUACGACGCUGAACAAUUAACAGUUGGUAAUAAUCCACUCGAUCUAUCGACAGCCUAUUUGAAUGAAAUCGAUUUCACUCGUACAUCAAUGAACAAAGUUUCGCUUCAUGGCGUAGAUAUUGUUAAUGGCACCUUUGCUAAUCGACAUCUCGACAGUUGGGAUUUGACAGAAUCUAAUCUUACUGGAGCUAUCUUCAGUGGUUGUUCUCUUAAUAAUAUGUACUUUUACAAAACAACACUUAUCAAAGCUAACUUUUCUCAUACAAAACUUGUUUCGACAACAUUCAACCAAUCGGAUCUAACUGAUACUACUUUUGUCGGUGUCUCUGGUUCUGAAAUUAUGUUCAAUUAUGUGAAGUUGGUUCGAGCUGACUUUAGCAAUGCUCGGAUUGAUGAAGUAGGAUAUACAACGUCGAAUCUUGUGAAUGCAAACUUCUGUCAAGCUAAACUUGUACCGUCUUCUUUUACGAUGUGCAACAUGACGAGAACCAAUUUGUACGGUGCAGAUCUUCGCUAUUCGAAAUUGGUUGGCACUGUACUCGAAUACGCCAAUUUAGUUCGUGCUGAUCUUACUAACAUCGAUUUUGGGUGGGUUGAUCUCUCAUACGCAAAUUUAACAGAUGCAAAAGGACUCAAUGAGCAUAGUUUUGACCAAGUGCUUUCUAUUCAUCAUGCCGUUCUUUCAAACGGUACACUCGGUCCUAAGAAACCUUUACUGCCUUUGAAAAACGGCGAAGCACAAUGCAAUGUCUCAUUACACGAUAAUUGGAUAAUCGAAAAGGGUGAAAUCGUUGUUCAACCUUCUUCUGACUCCAACGAAUCAUUAAAUUGUAUUUUCACUCCGAAUCUAUCUUCAUCUCUUCCUGCAUUAAUGUCACAACGUUUUCUAAUACCUUCAAAAUACGAAGUGCUCUUGUAUGGUGAACGUGCCAUUGCCGUUAUUCGAGCUGAAAUGGGUAUGAAAACACGAUGCAUACUUGGUCAAUACGAUGAAAACGGCUACAAACUAGAUGCAUAUGAAAUUUUUACUGAUGAAGAUGGUGAAACAACGAAUACAGUGCAGAAGCUGCAUAGUGAUGUAUACGAACUAGAAGUGACAGUCGAAUUCGAAAAGAAUGAAGAGAAAAGUGAAGUAGAUAGUAAUAUGCAGCAACGAUGGUGUGAUAAUAUUCAAAUCAAUAUUCAAGUUCACCUUGGUGUUCCUUCUUAG